GGGUGGUGCAGGGCAGGGGUGGUAUAUCCAGUCCGACCGAGGGCGGGCCUCGCCAGUGCCAGCACGGGGACGAGCCGGGGCGGAGGCGCCAGGAGCCGCCGCCGGGAGCCUCACCAGGACCACUCACUCUAUGGCCCUCGGGAGUCGCUGAGCACAGCAGAGCCGCAGCCGCCCGCCCGCCGCCCCUCGCCGCCCCUCGCCGGCCCGGCCCGCGCCUCCCGCCGCCAUGAACCACUCGCCGCUCAAGACCGCCUUGGCGUACGAAUGCUUCCCGGACCAGGACAGCUCGACGCUGGCUUUGCCUUCGGACCAAAAGAUGAAGACGGGCACGUCGGGCAGGCAGCGCGUGCAGGAGCAGGUGAUGAUGACCGUCAAGCGGCAAAAGCCCAAGUCUUCCCAGUCGUCCACCCUGAGCCACUCCAACCGAGGUUCCAUGUAUGAUGGCUUGGCCGACAAUUACAACAACUAUGGGACCACCAGCCGGAGCAGCUACUACUCCAAGUUCCAGGCGGGGAAUGGCUCGUGGGGAUAUCCGAUCUACAACGGGACCCUCAAGCGGGAGAAUGACAACAGGCGCUUCAGUUCCUACAGCCAGAUGGACAACUGGAGCCGGCACUACCCACGGGGCCCCUGUCCCACGACCGGCGCAGGCAGUGACAUCUGCUUCAUGCAGAAGAUCAAGGCAAGCCGCAGCGAGCCUGACCUCUACUGUGACCCUCGGGGCACCCUGUGCAAGGGCACGCUGAGCAACAGGGGCCAGAAGACCACCCAGAACCGCUACAGCUUCUACAGCACCUGCAGCGGCCAGAAGGCGGUCAAGAAGUGCCCUGUGCGCCCGCCCUCCUGCACCUCCAAGCAGGACCCCGUGUACGUCCCGCCCAUGUCCUGCAACAAGGACCUGUCCUUUGGCCACUCGAGGGCCAGCUCCAAGAUCUGCAGCGAGGAUAUCGAGUGCAGUGGGCUGACCAUCCCCAAGGCUGUGCAGUACCUGAGCUCCCAGGAUGAGAAGUACCAGGCCAUUGGGGCCUAUUACAUCCAGCAUACCUGCUUCCAGGAUGAAUCGGCCAAACAACAGGUCUAUCAGCUGGGAGGCAUCUGCAAGCUGGUGGACCUCCUCCGGAGCCCCAACCAGAACGUCCAGCAGGCUGCGGCUGGGGCCCUGCGUAACCUGGUGUUCCGGAGCGUCACCAACAAGCUAGAGACGCGGAGGCAGAAUGGGAUCCGAGAGGCUGUCAGCCUCCUGAGGAGAACUGGGAGCACUGAGAUCCAGAAACAACUAACCGGGCUGCUCUGGAACCUGUCCUCCACUGAUGAGCUGAAGGAGGAGCUCAUCGCGGACGCCCUGCCUGUGCUGGCCGACUGGGUCAUCAUUCCCUUCUCCGGCUGGUGUGAUGGCAACAGCAACGUGACCCGGGAAAUGGUGGACCCUGAAGUCUUCUUCAAUGCCACAGGCUGCUUGAGGAACCUGAGCUCUGCCGACGCAGGCCGCCAGACCAUGCGAAACUACACGGGGCUCAUUGAUUCCCUUAUGGCCUAUGUCCAGAACUGCGUGGCCGCCAGCCGCUGUGAUGACAAGUCCGUGGAGAACUGCAUGUGUAUCCUGCACAACCUGUCCUACCGCCUGGACACCGAGGUGCCCACCCGCUACCGCCAGCUGGAGUACGGCGCGCGCAACGCCUACACCGAGAAGUCCUCCACGGGCUGCUUCAGCAACAAGAGCGACAAGAUGAUGGUGAGCACCGACCCAGAGCCCGGGCCUGAUCCCCCCCAGGCAGCCCGCUGGGCUCAGCGCUGGGCUCAAUGCCGCCAUGCCAUCUUCUUCAACUCAGGGACCCUGUGGGCCCUGGUUUACACUCAAGCCCUAGAGGACUUGCAAAUGGCGGGACCAGCCCAUGGCUCUCAGCAGCUCAUCUCUGCCUGA